AUGGCAACAAAUACUAUUACCACUACUAAAGUGACAACUACCACCACAGAUGUCACUGGCUUAUCAUUAAUUGCCGCACAUUCUCAUAUAUCAGGACUAGGAUUGGAUGAUAAUUUACAACCGAAGGAAAACGCUCAAGGAAUGGUUGGUCAAUUAUCUGCCCGUAAAGCAGCUGGAGUCAUUUUAAAAAUGGUUGAAGCCGGGAAAAUUGCUGGAAGAGCAGUGUUAAUUGCUGGACCUCCAUCGACUGGUAAAACUGCCAUCGCUAUGGGGUUAUCACAGAGCUUGGGUAAUCAAGUGCCAUUCACUGCUUUAGCAGCUUCAGAAGUUUUUUCAUUAGAAUUAUCGAAAACUGAGGCAUUAACCCAAGCUUUCCGUAAAUCAAUUGGAAUCAAAAUAAAGGAAGAAACGGAAAUCAUUGAAGGGGAAGUCGUCGAAAUUCAGAUCGAUAGAACAAUCACUGGUGGUCACAAGCAAGGGAAAUUGACUAUUAAAACCACCGAUAUGGAAACCAUUUAUGAAUUGGGUAAUAAGAUGAUCGAAGGAUUAACCAAAGAAAAAGUUUUAGCUGGUGAUGUCAUCUCCAUUGAUAAGGCAUCGGGUAAAAUCACUAAAUUGGGAAGAUCAUUUACCAGAGCCAGAGAUUAUGAUGCCAUGGGACCAGAAACCAAGUUUGUUCAAUGUCCUGAAGGCGAAUUACAGAAAAGAAAGGAAGUUGUCCACACUAUUUCUUUGCACGAAAUUGAUGUUAUAAAUUCUAGACAACAAGGGUUCUUGGCAUUGUUUUCUGGGGAUACUGGUGAAAUUAGACCAGAAGUACGUGACCAAAUUAAUACCAAAGUUGCCGAGUGGAAGGAAGAAGGUAAGGCCGAAAUUGUUCCUGGGGUUUUGUUUAUCGAUGAGGUUCACAUGUUAGAUAUUGAAUGUUUUUCAUUUAUCAAUCGAGCAUUAGAAGAUGAAUUUUCUCCUAUUGUUAUUAUGGCCACCAAUAGAGGCGUUUCUCGUAUUAGAGGCACUGAUUAUAAAUCACCACAUGGUAUGCCUAUGGAUUUAUUGGAUAGAUCAAUAACUAUUCAUACCACAUCUUAUACUGCUGACGAAAUUAGAACCAUUUUAUCCAUAAGAGCAACUGAAGAAGAAGUGGAAUUAUCAGGCGAUGCAUUGGCUUUGUUGACUAAAAUUGGGCAAGAAACCAGCUUGAGGUAUGCCGCUAAUUUGAUUUCGGUAUCACAACAAAUUGCCUUGAAAAAGAAAAACAAUGCUGUCGAUCUACAAGAUAUCAAGCGGGCAUAUAUGUUGUUUUUGGAUUCUGAUAGAUCAGUGCAAUAUUUGGAAGAAAAUGCUGAUCAAUACAUUGAUGAUUAUGGACGAGUUACUAUUGGUCAAGAAAGUGCAGGUGAAUCAUCCCAACCAGAAGUAAAACAACCAGAAGUAGCCCAACCAGACUCAAACCAACCACAGCCUCAACCAGAAGAUGAUAAAAUGGAAACAGAUUAA